AUUUUUCUGGAAUUAGAGGGAUGGGGAAUCCCUUCACUCUCUAGUUCCCACAGAAGAGUGGCAGCCCUCUGCUCAGCCCCACCCCCUCUACCCUCAAGUGGCCCCAAAUCCUCUCUGAAAGGGUUCAGUUCAAGUAUCAGCACAGCAGCCUGGAAGACUUGGGAUAAGGCAGAGUAUGGAAGGCUUAGAUGAACUGUCCUGACUGCGGCAGGACCACAUCGCCCCACACAUAAAUUAGCUGGGACGUAACUACCCUAGAUUGUCCCAUUUGAGGUUAGAUCAACCCCAGACAUGAACUAAGACUCCUCAGAGCUCUUGGAUUAGUCACAGCAUUGAAGAGAAGAUUUCACGGAGGGAGCUACACCUGGCAGGGAGUCUGGAGUUUCUGGUUUGGAAGCUCAGGGAGGCGGGAGGCAGGGGAGGGGCCUCCAGUUAGUGGGAGGGCUGGUGACUGGAGCUGAGCCCCAGUCAGCUGUGCGGCCCAGGCCUGUGGAAGCCCAGACCGUCCAGGACAAAGGAUAUCAACAGUCUCCUGAAUUCACGCAAGGGGACACUCCACUUGGGUCACCUCCACUGCUGCUCACUGCGUUUGUCAUUCUGAGGUCUCUGCUUAUCCUACACCCCAAAGAUGGAGGUACUGCUGGGAGUAAAAAUUGGCUGCCUGCUUGCCCUUCUGGUUCUCACCCUGGGCUGUGGCCUCACUCCCAUCUGCUUCAAAUGGUUCCAGAUGGAUGCAGCUACAGGUCGUCACUACAGAGUUCUCAGCCUCCUGGGCUGCGUCUCUGCCGGGGUCUUUCUGGGAGCAGGGUUGAUGCAUAUGACUGCUGAAGCCCUGGAGGGCAUUGAAUCAGAAAUUGGGAAAUUCGUGGUGCAGAACAGUACAGGAAGUGAGGGAAAUUCUUCUCAUGAUGCCGCUUCCAGUUCCGUAAGUAUCUCUUAGCGCCUGUCUGGAGAGUGAAGAGAACCAGGGAC